UAUGAAAACGUCACUUCAAGUCCCUCCCUGUUUGAAUCUCAUUAGUUUCUUGUGUGUUUCUCCCUGUCAAUAAUCCCGAAUCCAGACUCUCUCUAUUUCCAUCCCUCUCUAUCUGUCAAUCAGCGCCGCCUUUGAACUGAAAACCACUCCGACCAACUUCAACUCACUCAAUCCGAGCGGCUCGGCUCCUUCUCCGGCUUCCCCAUUUUUCUGCCAACAAUUUUUCCCCCUUCUUUUUCCCCCCCUUGUGUUUUUGAGUUUUUAUAUAGCAGAGCUUUUGGGAAACGCCGACACGAAGAACCCUCUCUUUUUAAAAAAAGAACCCCCCCCUCCCCAAAAAAAAAAUAUAACCAACAACUUUAAACUCUCGGACUUUCGAGCUCGCAGAGAUCAAGGGUUUUGAAACUUUUCGGUGUUUGUUUUUUUUUUUUUUUCCGACCCGAGAACGAUUCUUCUGCUCGGGGGAAAAAUGCCGCAGCUCAACGGCGGUGGAGGGGACGAUCUGGGCGCAAACGAUGAGAUGAUUUCGUUCAAAGACGAAGGGGAGCAGGAGGAGAAAAUCUCGGAGAACUCCUCGGCAGAAAGGGAUUUAGCAGACGUCAAAUCUUCGCUCGUAAACGAGUCGGAAACGAAUCAGAACAGCUCUUCGGACUCGGAGGCGGAAAGACGGCCUCCGCCUAGAUCUGAAACUUUCAGAGACAAAACAAGGGAAAGUUUAGAAGAGGCUGCGAAAAGGCAAGAUGGAGGGCUGUUCAAGAGCCCACCGUACCCGGGCUAUCCGUUUAUAAUGAUCCCCGAUCUCACCAGCCCCUACCUCCCCAACGGAUCACUUUCUCCAACAGCACGCACAUACCUACAGAUGAAAUGGCCCCUUCUAGAUGUUCAACCAGGAGGUCUUCAGAGUAGACAAGCACUUAAAGAUGCCAGGUCCCCGUCACCGGCACACAUUGUCGGGCCCUUCUGCUGGGAAUUCCCCGGACAGUCAGAUCUGAGCCUUCACCAAUUUCAUUUGUCUAAUAAGGUUCCAGUGGUACAGCACCCGCACCAUGUGCACCCCCUCACGCCUCUGAUCACCUACAGCAAUGAGCACUUCACACCGGGGAACCCCCCACCUCACCUACAGACAGACGUGGAUCCCAAAACAGGAAUCCCGAGGCCUCCUCAUCCUCCAGACAUAUCUCCUUAUUACCCGUUGUCACCUGGCACCGUUGGCCAGAUCCCCCAUCCGCUAGGAUGGUUAGUACCACAGCAAGGUCAACCUGUUUAUCCAAUCACGACAGGGGGGUUCAGACACCCCUACCCAACUGCGCUCACUGUCAACGCAUCCAUGUCAAGUCUUCUGUCCUCCAGAUUCCCCCCACACAUGGUGCCCCCCCACCACAGUUUGCACACCACGGGCAUCCCUCACCCGGCCAUCGUCACGCCCAACGUCAAGCAGGAAUCCUCCCACAGCGACAUCAGCUCACUCAACAGCUCGAAACAGUCGGACGCUAAAAAGGAGGAGGAGAAGAAGAAGCAGGUCCACAUAAAGAAGCCUCUGAACGCCUUCAUGCUCUACAUGAAGGAGAUGAGGGCCAAGGUGGUGGCGGAGUGCACACUGAAAGAAAGCGCUGCUAUCAACCAGAUCCUGGGGCGAAGGUGGCACGCCCUAUCGCGGGAGGAGCAGGCCAAGUACUACGAGCUGGCCAGGAAAGAGCGACAGCUCCACAUGCAGCUGUACCCUGGCUGGUCAGCACGAGACAACUAUGCGGCUAACCAACAGGGGAAAAGGAAGAAGAGAAAAAGGGAAAAGCAGCAAGCAGAGAGCAAUGAACACAGAGAAUAUUUUCCAAACCCUUGCCUUUCACUCCCUCCGAUUACAGAUGCAAAUACCCCAAAGAAGUGUCGUGCCUUGUUCGGGCUUGACCAGCUGAGUUUAUGGUGCAAACCAUGCAGGAGAAAAAAAAAGUGCAUUCGCUACAUCCAAGGUGAAGGCAGCUGUGCCAGUCCUCCCUCUACGGACGGAAGCUUACUAGACUCCCCCCCAUCCUCUCCCUCCUCCGUGGUUCCUUCCCCCUCUCCGAAAGAAUCCAAACCUCACACUGAACAAAUGCAACCUCUCUCACUGACUAUGAAACCGGCCCACCAGCCACUCCACCACCCGCACCUCCUGGCUGGGCCCCCACCGCCAUCUUUGGUUCAGCUGGAAAAUUCGGCGGCCGCCGCCAGCAAGACGCCCAGCGGCGCGUCCUCCCACAACGGCGCUCUGGAGCACAGUGACGUCUCGUCCUCGCGGCAGCCGGGCUCCUCCGUGACGUCCGCCAUGAUCCGGCCGUCAGCUUCGCUGUGUCAUUCCCACUCGCUCCUCCCCUCCACGGCCCCCCAGCCUCUGUCACUAGUGACCAAGUCGAUAGAAUAAUCUACCUUCCUUCUUCUUACACACACUUACUAGGUUUUCUCUUUGCUCUAUUUCACUUUCAGUCAAUUUACUCUUUAUUUCUUUGCCACGAAGGCUUUGAAAUUUUUAGUUUUUUUUUGUUUUAUUGAAGUUCAUUGGUCAAUAUUUGACCCCUCAUUAUCAAAAAAAAAUCAAAUUAUUAUUAAAUACAAUGAGCUGUAGUAUAGCUUUGUGAAUCUGCCAAAAUUUUUAUGAAUUUUGUUUCUUUUGUCUGGAUUUUUUUUUUUUUUUUUUUUUUUUGGUUUUGUAGCGAUAAAACAGUGCAAACAGAAAGAAAGCUAAUCUACUUCACUUUCGAAACGUUUUAAAGACAAAUAUAAAAUAGGUAGGCUAGGUUAUUCGACAAGCCCUUUUUCCUGAAAGAGUUGGUUCUUCUUCUUUAUUUGUAUUAAAUACGAGCCUGCGAACCAAUCGUUCAACAUCUGUUCAAACUCUCAGAGGGGUGCGGGGGCUAGCGGCUACACCUCUCUGGGGAACAAUUUUAAUUGUGAUGUUACUUGUUGUUUAAAUGUACAGAAUAUCGGGGAGGGGAGGGGUGAUUUCUGUGUUAAAUAUGCAUUCUUCCACUGCGUUGUCUUUUUUUUCUUUUCUUUUUUUUUCUUGUUUACCUUUUGGGGCGGAGUCAGGCAAGUUUGGGGGGGUUCGACAGGGUUUGACGGGGGGAGGGUGGGGAUCGGGUGGGGAGGGUCAAGGGUUAUAAAAUUCAAAAAUGUCACAACGCUAGGACCAGUAGUAUUUAUUGCUUUAGAGAUUGCUUGUUGUAUCUUGUUGUGUCUCUUUUUGACCCUAUUUUUUUUUGUUUCUUGAUACAUUGUACAAAUGGUUUUUUCUUAAGCUAAACAACUAUAUGAAUGAUCCAUUUUUACAAGGAGGAUUUAAAAUGAGAAAAAAAAAAUACAAAGCUUUUGUUAUGGUUUUUUUUUUCCCCUCGCUGAAAACACCCAGAUUUCACUUGUUCUGUGUAGAUCUCAUAAACAAGAAGUAUGCACAACUUCAUUUCCAGAACCGCGUCUAUAUAAGCCAUUUUACAUGCAAAGGAAGAAAAGAAAACUUGAAAUCAGGCAGUGGGUACCGUGUCUUCAGUGGAAAAAGUGUUUUAAAGCCCUUCUUUUUUAUUGCACAGUCACAUCUCUCAGACUGUAGAUUCGUGUACAGACUUUUCCGUGCCAAAUUUUUUGUGAUAAUUUGCCCUCGGCCCCCACCUGUCCCCAGUUUUAAAAGAAAAAGGAAAAAAAAAACACGCUGUAGGAAUUUUUUUGUUUUGUUUUGUUUCGUUUCGUCGUUUGUUUUUAUUUUAAUUUUGAUACCAUUCUUUGCUGUGACGUUACAUAGAUUGCUAUGUAUGUAGUAUAAAUGUUGCUAUAACAAAUGUGUUUGGUAGCAAAUUGUCAAAUAUUAAAAUUUAAACUUAAUAAAAAGACGGACAUCAUACUGUAUAAACCCACGAGGGCCAAAAUUAUGUAUAUUAGGAGGUUCAUAAAAAACUAUUAAAUACAAAAAAAUACACAAACUGCCACUUUUAAGUACACUACUACAUAUAGGUAGAUAGAAAAAAUAGGCAUGUUGAUGUUGCAAGAGGCUGUAAAAAAAGCUACAAGAGAAUCAUCCACUCGGUGCCAUUGUAGUUGACAUGACGCGACUGUAAUCUGUCGAUUUCUUCUCUGGUUUAUUAAGAUGCUAAUGAUAAAUAGUUUGAAUGUUUCCUUAACGGCUGUGAUGUUCCUGUUCUAUUUUAUGCUCUUAUCUUUUUGUUUGUUUGUUUUUUUCCUGUUAUUUUAAAUGGUUCUAAAACCAUGUUUUUGUAAUGAAUAAAUGUUUAUGCUGUACAGUCUCUGUAGCAUGCAGUUCUGUAUUAAUAAAAGCAACUUAGUAUGUGCA